AUGAAGAGUAUUUAUGUAGGACGUAUUGAGGAGAAGGAUGUGAACGCACUGAUGAUUUAUGAAGCGGGUCAGAACAAGAACUAUCUUAUGAAGUCAGGCAUGAGAUUCUUUGACGAAAGAGAUGACAUUUACAGCUAUUUCAGAGGAUAUGAGUAUGAGGUACUGAAUGAAGUAGAUGAGAACGUUAUUGAAGGAUAUUUGAAACAUGUUCACGAUGUCAUAUGUAAUGAGGAUGAAGAGCUUUAUGAGUAUGUUUUGAACUGGUUCGCCUACAUCGUUCAAAAUCCUUGUGGAAAGACUGGAACAGUACUUUUGUUAAUAGGAAAGCAAGGAACUGGUAAGAAUGUACUUAGUAAUGUUCUAUGCGAGCUCAUUAGCAAGUACGCCAACAAUAAUAUAACGGCAAUAGAGAAUGUGGUUGGUAGAUUCAAUGCUGCUAUUGAGAACAUGAAGCUCAUCGUAUGCAAUGAACUAAGCUCAUGCGAUACGUCUAAGGUCAUGAACCACGACGCACUAAAGUCAAUAGUAACAGAGACUCAGUUGGACUUAAAUCAGAAGUGUCAGCCAGUAAGAAAGAUAGAGAAUGUUUGUAAUAUCAUCAUGAUAUCUAACAACUUCAACUCAGUAAAGAUUGACAAAGACGACAGAAGAUUUGUUGUCAUUGACGUAAGCAGCAGAUACAAAGGAAAUUACGAAUAUUUCUCAAAUCUCAUUGAAAGCUUUAAUGAAGAGUUUUAUUCAAACUUACUGACGUACUUCAUGAAGAAAGAUUUAAGUGAAUUUGAUGUAAGGAAGAUACCAUUCACCAGGGCUAAACAAGAACUCAUCGAAAUGAACAAAACACCUUACCAAAUGUUUUACGAGGAGUUCUAUGAAAAGUUUGUAUCCGGAUGGAAUUGUACAGAGUGCUACAGAAGAUAUAA